AUGAGCAUGGGCAUGGUCAUGACGUUCCAAACCGACAUCCAUACCGCCCUCUUCUCCAACGCCUGGACCCCUCAGACUGCCGGCACCUACGCCGGCACCUGCAUCUUCCUCAUCGCCCUCACAGUCAUUCUCCGCCUGAUAGUGGCCUACAAGGCCUACCAGGAGCGCGUCUGGGCUGAUCGAAAUGCCCAGCGACGCUUCAUUGUCGUCAACGGCAAGGAGCCCAUGUCGGAGCGCCUCUCAAGAGACCCGGAUGCGAAGCAGAUGACCAUGGUGCUCUCGGAAAACGGCGUCGAGGAGAAGGUCCUGGUGGUGGAGAAGAAGCACCAUGUGGUUGCUCCCUGGCGAUUCAGCGUUGAUCCUCCCAGAGCGGCUUUGGAUACAGUCAUUGUCGGCAUUGGAUAUCUACUUAUGUUGGCUGUCAUGACCUUCAAUGUCGGUUACUUCAUGUCUGUCCUGGGCGGCACAUUCCUGGGAAGCCUUCUUCUCGGCCGUUACGGCGGCAUCCCUGCCCAUUAA